UUGCCGAGCUGACCGCCCAGCGGGGGCCUUUUCUUCGGAACAAUUUGCAAGCCCGUCACAUCCGCUGGGAAGUUACUUGGCCCGCGUCCGGCAGACAAGAAGGCGGCGCGCCCCGCAGUGGUAACCCAAGUCCCGAGACGCUUUGAGCUCCGGCAAGAAACUUCCUUUCUCGGGGCGGUCAAGGGACGGACAUGCGGGAAGGAGCACCAUGAAGCCGGUCCUUGCCUCCCACCGCCGCGGCCGCUUUGAGGAGCAGCGCAGGGGCAGGCAGCGGCUCCCUCCUCUCUAACCGCCUCAGGUUGCGGCGGCCGGGAUGUCGCGGGCGGCUGCCUGGGUCACGCUGCUGCUGCUGCUGCUGCUGCUAGCAGUGGCGGAGCGCGGCCGGGCUCGCUUCACCUUCCGCCUCCAAGUGUCUUCCCCGGGGACUCCCGAGGGCAGCCUGGUUCCCACGCCCGUGUUGCUAAAGUCGCGGAGCAGCGGCGGAACCGGCAGCCCGCCGGCGCUCCCAGAAGCCUCGGGCUUGGCCUUAGCGUCGGAUCCCGGCGGCUCCCUCAACUUUCUGGCCAUGGUGGACAAUCUACAGGGAGACUCGGGACGCGGCUACUAUCUGGAGCUGCUCCUCGGCACCCCGCCGCAGAAGCUAAAUAUUCUAGUUGACACGGGAAGCAGCAAUUUUGCAGUUUCAGGUGUACCAAAUACAGAUCUGACCUCAUACUUCGACACAAAAAAGUCCACCACAUAUAAAUCACUCAACUUUGAGGUGGCUGUUAAAUAUACUCAGGGAAGUUGGAUUGGAAUUCUUGGAACAGAUGUUGUUAGAAUGCCUAAAGGAAUAAAUGGUACUUAUAUCAUCAACAUUGCUACCAUUUUUCAAUCUGAAAAUUUCUUUUUAAAAGGCGUUCAGUGGCAAGGGAUCCUUGGUUUGGCAUACAGUACAUUGGCUAAGCCUUCAAGUUCUGUGGAGACCUUUUUUGAUUCUAUUGUGAAUCAAGCCAAGAUCCCUGAUGUUUUUUCCCUGCAGAUGUGUGGAGCUAGUUUGCCUGUUUCUGGAACUGGUACUAAUGGAGGUAGUCUUGUAUUGGGUGGGAUUGAACCAAGCUUAUACAAAGGAAAAAUUUGGUAUACACCUAUUAAGAAAGAAUGGUAUUAUCAAGUUGAAAUACUGAAAUUUGAAGUUGGGGGCCAGAACCUUAACUUGGACUGCAAAGAGUACAAUUCAGACAAAGCAAUUGUGGACAGUGGAACAACUCUCUUGAGGCUGCCAGAAAAGGUCUUUAAUGCUGUUGUGGGAGCCAUUACACAGACUUCUUUGAUACAAGAAUUCACAUCUGGGUUUUGGAGUGGCACACAGCUUGCCUGCUGGGAUAAAAGUGAAAAUCCUUGGACCCUCUUUCCUAAGAUCUCGAUCUAUCUAAGAGAUGUCAAUUCCAGCCAGUCCUUUCGAAUCACUAUCCUUCCACAGCUUUACAUUCAGCCAAUUCUAGGGAUUGGGCAAAAUCUAGCCUGCUAUCGGUUUGGUAUUUCCUCUUCCUCCAGUGCCUUGGUUAUUGGGGCUACAGUGAUGGAAGGAUUCAAUGUCAUCUUUGAUAGAGCCCAAAAGAGAGUGGGAUUUGCAUUAAGUACUUGUGCUGAAUUGCAUGGUUCUCCAGUAUCUGAGAUUGAAGGCCCUUUCACUACCACAGAUGUAGCAGCCACUUGCAUAUCAACUAUAUCUCUCCACGAACCAAUCUUGUGGAUUGUGUCUUACACACUUAUGAGUUUCUGUGGACUUGUACUUCUCAUACUCAUCAUCUUGCUCCUUAUUCCACCGCGUUGUCGUCAUCAUUAUGCUGACGGCGACACCAUAAACGAUGAAUCAUCCUUAGUAAGGCAUAGAUGGAAAUGAAGAAUUUGAUCAACUCGUGAAGAAUCCUUAUGUAUUCUGAUAGGGAUUGAAGAAUGACUAUCCAUUUUCCUCACCCUGAGUUUCUUCAGAUGGGUUAGGACUACAGCCUGUGCUUCUAAAUCAGCAUGGUUAUAUGAGCUGAGAAUUUCAGGAGGUGUAGUUGAACAGACUUGCAGGCACAAAGUUAGGGUAUUUUAGCCAAAGGUGAAAAUCCAGGCUUCACUCUGUAGGAAUACUAUGGCCAAUCACCAAAUCAUCUCCAAUUCUCCUUUAACAAAAAUUUAAUACUUUAACAGUGAAUUAUUUUUAGCUAUGUUAAUAUAUAGCCAUUUCAAAUGCUACUCUAUUAUUUGCUUGAUAUACAAUUGCACCAAUUAGCAUACUUUUUUUAAAAAAAACCCUAAAACUUUAGUUUAUAGUUCCAAAAAGGUUGUCAUCUCCACAAAACAAAAACCUACAAAAUAUUAUUUUGAUAAGCCAUUCAUCAAACUUGCCGUAAAGAACAGAAAUAUUUUUUGGUCUUUGUUUCAUUAUUUUUUUCAUUAAAAAUAUCUGUUCCUUGAUGACUCAUGACAUCAUCAAUAGCUGGCAGAAAGAGAGACUGAUAAUUAAAAGGAGGAAAAUAAGGCAGAUUUUUUAAAAAGAUGAGGGCUUUCCCCCCUCUUUGGAAAAUUAUCUGUUUCUUUUAAUGAUUUAAGUUCAGUUCAUUGGUAUGAUAUAGGUAGACCUGCUUGAUGUAGCUGCAGGUCACUUUCAAUCCACAUUCAGCACAACUGGAACAUCCCUUUAAAGCUUCUCUCCCUCUCCUUCCCACACACACAUUCCCUGUUCAUGACAUUUUAACAUUUACAACUUUUAUCACCCACUUAAGUGUCCUGGUUUUCUGAAUUCAUGCAUAAAUGAUCUUUGAAAGGGUUCUUUGAGCCUUUGUGCACAUAUCCUGCAGAAGUAGCAUAGAUAUAAAGCAAAGUCUCUCCCUCUCUCCAUCCCUCCCUCCCUCCAUUUAUCAAGACUCUAAUGACUAGAAAUUUGUAACAAAUACAGUUGAAGGGGAAUUUCUUCAGUUAAAUGAUUCACUCAACUGUGACCUGGCUGAGAAAGGUGAAGGCCCAUAAGUGGUCAGAUAUUUAAUUACUUUACUUAACAAUAACAAUUUUUAUUGAUCACAAUUUUAGCACGUACCAAACACAAUGCUAACAGGAACUUAUUCACGUAUUCACAUAUUUUUGUCUAUGCUAAUUCUCCUUUAUCUUUGCUUAUGCACUUGUGCCAAAGGCCUUCACGAUAUAUGAACAUGCAUUUUAAACAAUACUCAUAAAUAUGAUUCUUAACUAAAAAAAACCCUGUAAUACUAAAAAAACUUACUGUGGUUAGUGUUAUUGUUACAUAUUUUGUAAUUUUUUUAAAUUAUAUUAAAUUGCAGAGUCUGAUCACAGGUAAAGAGUAAGCCAUUAUCUCCAUGAGGUACACAAAAUCUUUACAUAGUAGUGAUGCUGAUGUUGAAAGAAAAAUUAAUGCACUGGCAAAUGUGUUACUCUCAGAUUACUUUUGAACUUUUGCAUUCCUUUUAUUGGUGCCAUAUUCACUCUGUUUUGGAAUACCACUUUUGAGUUUGAAUGGCAUAAAUGCAGAUACUUGAAAAAAUAAGCAAUAAAUGAAAAAAUAAGCAAUAAUGGUUUUGUUGAGAAAGAGGGACCUCUGUGAGUUUUUAAAAAGCUGAAAUACGGUUUCAAUUGCUGAAAUAGAGCUAACAAAGUUUGUACUUUCUGACAUAUGCUUGCAUUGUUGUUCCAACACACCCAUUUAAACUGAGAAGGAUGGCAGCUUGGUGAGUGUCACAAGAGAUGCUCGGCAAUAGUGGGCCAAAGACCAUUUUUAACCUCAAAACACAUUGUGCAAGUAUAGCAUGGAAGCUGAAAGGUCAUGAGAUCUCAUACAUUUCAACUGACAUUUUCUCUAUCAUAAAGGUUAUUUAUACCUGUAAUUAAAUUGAAAUAAACUUUUAUGUAAAAAUUUUC